AUGGAGAAGGAGAAGAAAGGCAGCGCAUCGUCAGAAGGGAAGGACCACGGCAAGCAUCCCAACAUGUCUCUGGUGACUCUCAACGUUGGCGGCUACCUCUACGUUAGCCAGAGGCAAACUCUCACCAAAUACGCCGACUCCUUUCUGGAAAGAGUUGUCAGCGGGAAAACCCUUUGCCCGUCGGACGCCGAGGGCCACUUCUUCAUCGACAGGGACGGUCUCCUCUUUAGGCACGUUCUGAACUUCCUGAGGAACGGGGAGCUCCUCCUCCCCGAGGGCUUCAAGGAAAACCAACUCCUGGCCCAGGAGGCUGAAUUCUUCCAGCUUCCCCUCCUGGGCGAGGCGGUGAAAGCCAGGUGGGAGAAGGAGCAGCUGGCCUCCCGAGAGGCCACCUUCCUGGAGAUCACCGACAGCCACGACCGUACCCAGGGCCUCCGGAUUUUUUGCAACGCCCCCGACUUCAUCGCCAAAAUCAAAUCCCGCAUCGUGCUGGUCUCCAAGAGCCGGCUGGACGGUUUCCCCGAAGAGUUUACCGUCUCUUCCAACAUCAUUCAGUUUAAGUACUUCAUCAAGUCGGAGAACGGGACGCGGCUGGUCUUGAAGGAGGACAACACCUUUGUCUGCACCUUGGAGACGCUCAAGUUCGAAGCCAUCAUGAUGGCCCUCAAGUGCGGCUUCCGCCUGCUGACUAGCCUGGAUUGCUCCAAAGGCUCAAUUGUUCAGAGCGAUGCCCUUCAUUUCAUCAAGUGA